ACCCCAUCAGGCUCCGCUCCGCCCAUUGGGAAGCGGUCGCGCGGAGAUGACGUCGCGGGGGCUGGGCCGGGCGUCGCGGAGUCCGGAGAUGGAGGAAAAGGAGCUAUUACGACGGCAAAUCCGCCUCCUUCAGGGUUUGAUUGAUGAUUACAAAAACCACCAUGGCCGUGCCCCUGCCUUUGGCACUUCAGCUGCUGGCCGAUGGCAGUCAUCCACUUACAACAGUAGCAGGGUCUUCAGCUCUCGCUACCCUCGUGCCAGCAGGAGGGGCUUCCCCUCGAACCAUGGGCCUGAGUGGCGCAAGAAGUAUUCCCUUGUGAAUCGGCCCCCUACAUCCUUGGAUCUCCCCAGUGAUAGUGCCACACAGCAGCCCCUUGAGACUGGGGGCAGUCAGGAGCCCAACCCCCAGGAGUAUGUCCUGGAGAGACAAGUCCAGCUCAAUCCGGAUCAGAACAUGGUCAUCAAAAUCAAGCCACCAUCAAAACCAGGCUCAGCUAGUGCUGCUGGGGCCCUGCGGGGCUCCCUCGAGGAACAUGAGGACCCCUCCUGGAGUGACCAUAGGCCUCAGGAUGGGGAGGGGGACCCCCCAGGUGGGCAGUGGCAGACUUCCAGGCCAGCACGAAAGGGCAGCUUUAGUGCAGAGGAUCCCCUUUUGGUCUGCCAGAAGGAGCCUGGCAAGCCCCGCAUGGUUAAAUCUGUGAAUGUGAGUGACAGUCCCUCAGAGCCCCGGCGGACAGUCAGUGAAAGUGCCAUUGCGGUCAAGCCGCACCUCCUAUCCACCCUGCCCCAGCACAGCUGCACUGCUGUGGCCAGGAAGGUGGGUUCUCAUGCCACAACCAACUGUGUUACACAGCUCCUUGGGAACAGGACAGUAGCUGCCAGCCACCGGGAUCAGCCACCUCCCUCUGACUUGGUGGCAGACCCAGCAAGACCGGCCUCGGGUUCCAGGCCAGCCCGAGAGGCCUCACUGCUCACAGCCUGUCGAGCCACCAAGUUUCGGAAAAACAACUACAAAUGGGUGGCUGCCUCGGCUAAGAGUCCUCGGGCCACUCGGAGGGCCCUUAGUCCCAGGGCAGCCACAGAGAAUGUGUGCAAGGCCCCUCCAGGCACAACAGAGUUGGUGGACAAGCCACAGCCCAGAACCGAUCCCGAUGCCAAGCCUAGGAAGCCCACGGUGCCAGCCACACCUGGGGCCUCCCCUAGCAAGUAUAAGUGGAAGGCCUCCAGCCCCUCAGCCUCCUCCUCCUCCUCCCUCCGCUGGCAGUCAGAGGCUGGCAGCAAGGACCGUGCCUCCCAGCUCUCUCCAGUGCCAUCUAGGUCCCCGUCAGUAGACAGAACAACCACGGAAACCAGCAGCUUAAAGCCCCUCUUUGGUGAGACCCCUAACCUCUCUGCUUACAAAGUGAAGAGCCGCACUAAAAUCAUCCGGAGGCGUGGGAGUGCCAGCCUUUCUGGGGACAAGAAGAGCAGCCCCACUCCUGCUGUCACUGCCAAGACCCAGUUCAGCCUGCGGCGCAGACAGGCCCUCCGGGGGAAGAGCAGUCCUGUUCUGAAGAAGACCCCCAACAAGGGCCUGAUGCAGGUCACCAGGCACAGACUAUAUCGUGUGCCCCAGAGCCGGGCCCAUUUCCCAGCCAAGGAAGUGUCCAACCUUCAUGCCCCACGGAGCCCUGUCACCAGCAAAGUCAUCAAGACUCGCUACCGCAUUGUGAAGAAGACUCCAGUGUCUCCUCUCAGCGUGUCCUCCCAGUUCCCUCAGUCUGGGCCCUCCUGGCGGACACGACGCAUCUCCUUGUCCAGGUCCCUGGUGUUCAACCGCCUGCGCCCAGCCACUGCCAGUGGUGGGAAGACACAGCUCAGCUCCCCUCAGUGGCGGAACCGAGGCUAUCGCUGUAUUGGAGGUGUCCUGUACAGGGUGUCAGCCAACAAGCUUUCUAAGACCUCCAGCCGUCAGGCUGAUGGGGGCAGCAGACCGGGCCUGCGAGCAGGACGACUGGACCUCACCAGCAGCUGCAGCCGUUCCCUUGCCAGUCGAGCUGUGCAGCGCAGCCUGGCCAUCGUGCGACAGGCGAGGCAGCGGCGGCGGAAGCGAACGGAGGAGUACUGCAUGUAUUACAACCGCUUCGGCAGGUGCAACCGAGGCGAGCGCUGCCCCUACAUCCAUGACCCUGAGAAGGUGGCCGUGUGCACCAGGUUCUUGCGGGGCACAUGCAAGAAGACGGAUGGAACCUGCCCCUUCUCCCACCAGGUCUCCAAGGAGAAGAUGCCUGUGUGCUCCUACUUCCUGAAAGGGAUCUGCAGCAACAACAACUGCCCCUACAGUCACGUCUACGUGUCCCGAAAGGCAGAGGUCUGCACGGACUUCCUCAAAGGCUACUGCCCCCUGGGCGAGAAGUGCAAGAAGAAGCACACGCUGCUGUGCCCUGACUUCUCCCGCAGGGGCGUCUGUCCCCGGGGUACCCAGUGCCAGCUGCUCCACCGCAACCAAAAGCGACCCUGUCGGCGAGCAGCUGCCUCCCCAGUGCCGGAGUCCAGCCAUGCAACCUCCAGGAGCCGGGCCUCUACUGCCCAUGGGCCCAGCCCUGUCUUUGGACCAGGAGGAGUCUGUUGGCCAAAAGGCAGCCUCAGUCACCAGUGCAGGCAGGCUCUCCAAGCUGCCUUCCUUCAUCUCUCUGCGUUCCACGCCCAGUCCUGCUGGCCAGCCCAGGACCCGGACCCCCAGGAACCCCCUCAUCAAGGACUCAGGGAAACCUCUACACAUCAAGCCACGGCUGUGAGGGCCCGGGGCUUCUGCCUGCUCCUACCUCAGCACCCCAGCCCUGUGCAGAAAGGAGGCUCCACCCACCACCACUCCGGACGAGGGGCCACAGGACAUGAGCUCUAUCUACCCAGCCCCCAGCCUUCUGUGACCACUGCUUGUCCAGGACCACCACAUCCUCUCUGGGCUGGGCCCCUGCCCUGUGGGCCUUUCCACUCCCCACCUCCUCACCUCCUUCCCCACCCCCCACAUCCUCUGUCUCACACCCAAGACAUGUCAACUUCCACAGCAAGGGGUGCCAGGUGGAGCUCACCUCCAGACCUGUCCCCACUGUGCAAGCAGCCAGAUGAUGCACCCCCCCCCCCCAGCAAUCCCCUCAGGACUCCCUACUAUGGAAGGAGCCACCAGCCAGGCCUCCCUGGUGGGGUCCUGAGUUCAGCAAUAAAGUUUCUUCCUACGUCUGCUUGGCUAUCCUGACACCGGAUCUUGUUU